GGAGCCGGGGAGCCGCCGCCGCCGGCCGGGUCAUGCCCGUGUGCCCGGGACGGCGGGGCUGCGGGCUGCGGCGGGAUGGGCGCACUCCGGGCCGGCGCCCUCGCCUUCCUCCUCCUCCUCCUCCUCAGCUGCUUCCUGCCCCGGCGCGGCCCGCUCAGGCUGGUCUCAGGGCGGGAGGAAAUCAAAGCUGCUUCCCGAGGCUCACCCCAGCCCAUGUCACCUUCUGAUUUCCUGGACAAGCUUAUGGGACGAACGUCAGGGUAUGAUGCCCGGAUUCGACCCAACUUCAAAGGUCCACCCGUCAACGUGACCUGCAACAUCUUCAUCAACAGCUUCGGCUCCGUCACCGAGACCACCAUGGACUACCGGGUGAACGUGUUCCUGCGGCAGCAGUGGAACGACCCCCGCCUGGCUUACCGCGAGUACCCAGACGACUCCCUGGACCUCGACCCCUCCAUGCUCGACUCCAUCUGGAAGCCAGACUUGUUCUUUGCCAACGAGAAAGGGGCCAAUUUCCACGAGGUCACCACCGACAACAAGCUGCUGCGCAUCUUCAAGAACGGCAACGUGCUCUACAGCAUCAGGCUGACUCUGAUCCUGUCCUGCCCCAUGGACCUCAAGAAUUUUCCCAUGGACAUCCAGACAUGCACCAUGCAGCUGGAGAGCUUUGGCUACACCAUGAAUGACCUCAUCUUCAAGUGGUUGGAGGAGCAGGAGGCCGUGCAGGUGGCAGAGGGCUUGACGCUUCCGCAGUUUAUCCUCAGGGAUGAGAAGGACCUGGGCUAUUGCACCAAGUACUACAACACAGGCAAGUUCACCUGCAUCGAGGUGAAGUUCCACCUGGAGAGACAGAUGGGUUACUACCUGAUCCAGAUGUACAUCCCCAGCCUGCUCAUCGUCAUCCUCUCCUGGGUCUCCUUCUGGAUCAACAUGGAUGCGGCACCGGCCCGGGUGGGCUUGGGCAUCACCACUGUGCUCACCAUGACCACACAGAGCGCUGGCUCCCGCGCCUCCCUGCCCAAGGUCUCCUAUGUGAAGGCCAUUGACAUCUGGAUGGCCAUUUGCCUGCUCUUUGUCUUCGCUGCCCUGUUGGAGUACGCAGCUGUCAACUUCGUCUCCCGCCAGCACAAGGAGUUCAUGCGCCUGCGCCGGCGCCAGCGGCGCCAGAGAAUGGUCCUGAGCAGCGGCACGGGCAGCCUGGAGUCCCUGCGGCAGGCGAGCGGCCGGCACGGCGGCGAGCACACCUACACGACGCUCUCACAGCUCUCCAGCUCCCGGGAGGAAGAGCUCGUCCGUGAGAGCCGCUUUUACUUGCGAGGCUAUGGGCUGAGCCACUGCCUGCAGCCGAAGGAUGGGGCUGGGGAGGGCCCCGGCAUCUACAGCCCCCCCCCAGCCGGGAUGCUGCUGCGGGAAGGGGAGAGCCUCCCCCGGCGCUACAUCGACCGGGCCAAGCGCAUCGACACCAUCUCCAGAGCUGUCUUCCCCUUCACCUUCCUGGUCUUCAAUAUCUUCUACUGGGUCGUCUACAAAGUGCUGCGCUCAGAGGACAUCCACUCUGUGCCCUGAGGGCUGGAAAAGCAGGACUGCCUCUUGGUCUGCCCCCUCAGUGCGCGUGGGUGCCAUGAGCUCAGCCAGAACCAUGUUUCCCUCUGUCCUGGAGCAGUGGCACAGCCAGGCUGGGCCUCAGAGCCUGAACAUAUGGCAGCCCCCAUGUCCCUUUGGAUGCUGGGGCACUGAGGAGGUGGGGACAGCAACCCCAGGUUUGAAAAAGGAACCCUUCCUGCCUCCUGCAUGGCAUCAACUCUGGGCACCCAGGGAUGCUGUGCUGCUGGGGAGCCUCAGGUACCCAGGGAUGCUGUGCUGCUGGGGAGCCUCAGGUACCCAGGGAUGCUGUGCUGCUGGGGAGCCUCAGGUACCCAGGGAUGCUGUGCUGCUGGGGAGCCUCAGGUACCCAGGGAUGCUGUGCUGCUGGGGUGCCUCAGGUACCCAGGGAUGCUGUGCUGCUGGGGAGCCUCAGGUACCCAGGGAUGCUGUGGUGUUCAGGAGCCUCAGGUACCCAGGGAUGCUGUGCUGCUAUGGUACAAGGGAGCUCCUGGUACUCCGGGAUUCUGCACAGCUGGUGAUCAGCAAACACCACCUUCCAAUCAAACACCCCCCACCUCUUCCAUGUCAGGCUGCUGCUUCUCCAGGCUGCAUCACUGGGCCAUGGGCCACAAGCAGCCAGAUGAGAAGCUGCAGUUCCCUAUGGGUUGCAGGUAAAAGCAAGCAGCACCCCUGCCUGCACCUGGACUGUGUGUGGUGCUGGCUAUGGCCCCAUAGCCCCCAGUCCAUCAACAGACAGGCCCCCAGCCAGCUCCAGCACACAGCAAUGCAGUGGGUCAGGGAUGCUUCCUUCCCUGCAGAGUCCAAGGCUGCCAAUGGCUGUGGCAGGGCUGUGGCAGGGACACUGAGCAGGAGGCUCCGUUUCUGCUGGGAAAACACCAGCCCUGGGGCAGCAGUAGGGGAGCCUGAGGUCUCGCUGAUGGUGAAGGGGCACAGAUGGCCGUUGCAGCUGCUGAUGGGUACCACUUGGCACCAGAGAGCUGGCACUGCACUGCCUGCAGGGUAGGGCCCACCGCCCAUCUGAUGAUGGGAUGAAAGUAAUGGGGGUAGCUGCAGCAGUGCCUCUGGAGGAAUAGUGAGUGGUGGCACCCCCAGACCGCUGCAUUCCCGCAGCCCCACGGUGCCAGCAGAGAGCCUGAGGUGAAAACUGCUCCGUUCCCCUGCUUCCUCUACACACUGGUGCUCGGGUGCAGCAUUCCCUGGGCAAGUUCGCCCCUGCUGCUCCUCCACUGGAGAGGAGAGCAUCUGAAACCUCGACAAGACAAGCUCAGCAAGGCUGCCAGCCCUCCAGACCUGGAUAUCCUUCAUGCUUAGCAGGAAAUAAAAGCAGUAGGUGAUGUUUAUGUAGGUCCUACAGACAGAAAUGUGUUGAUGCUCUCCUUUGCCCCUGCUCACAGCCAGCCUGGGCAGACCCGCAUCCCGGCAGGGUCUGUCCCUCCACGGCCCCAAGUGCAGGAGAGGGCCCAGGGUCUUGCAGGCAGGUCAGCAUGGAAAUGGGAUUCACCCUUUUCCUUGGAGACUGUACUAUGGCAUGGCAAGGGCCCCAGUGACCUACCUGUGAUGGCAAAAGGGGCUCUGUGGGGCAGGGGGACAUGGGUAGGAGGCCAGCACUGCUUGCAGAAGCCAUACCUGGACAGAAACCCCCACCACGGCCAUUAGGGACCCCGCUCCUCGGGCAGGCAUCACCCUCUCCCUGCAUGACUUCAGGGAGCAAAGGCUCCCCCCCCUCACUCCCUCAACCCCUCAGUCCCAGCUGCAUGCACCCAUUUCACAGACAGGACAAGCAGAGGAGAACCAGCCCAGGCCAUGCCCAGAACCCACCAGGAUGGGCUGAGCCAGCUCCAUCCAUCCCAUUGCCACCGCUGUGCAUGCCGUCAUGGGGGUCACCGUGGGGCUGCACUGUGUGUCCGGGCCAGGCUUUCGAGCCUUGGUUUUGGGGAGAGGCCCCAUUUGGAGGUGGAGGAAGGGGUGCACCUCUUGUCCUUGGCUCACUCAGCCCUGGCCCCCCGAGGCAGUGCUGAGCAGAGGUGCCAGCGGGCACCCAGCACUCGCAAGCACUGGCAGCCCAUCCACCCUCCAGCAGCGGUGGGUUUUUAAACAGCAUCAACCUUCCUACGUACAGACAUGAAUAAAUAAAGCCUUUCUGGGAUUUUCA